UUAUAGACUCCGGAACAUUGGCUAGAAAAGUCCAUUACGUGUUAGCAGAGAAUAUAUCACAUUAUAAGAGUAUUGCAGGAAUCAUUGUUAUUCACCGAACUGCAACAGACGGACAAGGCGGUAGCAACAGUGCAUUCUAAGACUUAGAACUUGCCUGUAGGUGGGGAGGAAGUACUGGGCACAAGACUGAAAUAUUUCUACCUUACACCAACGAGUCAAUUACAAAAGAGAAAGGAAAAUAUGCCUAUUUAUUUGGACUCGUCAAAUUAUUCUUACACCUCGGAACAUUUCGUAUCCGAACAUUUGGAUUGUUACAAUAUUUCGGAGAAAGACAGAGUGCGUUAUUUCAGCUUGGGAACCAGAAUAUUUUUUGGAGCAUGGCUCGUGCUGAUUGCAUUUGGGGCAGUUGUCGGGAAUGUGUUGGUGAUAGUAGUGAUAUUGGUGAAUCGUUAUAGACUUGGAAUAAAGAAAGGGACAGGGACAAACUACUUUCUUAUGAGCCUUGCUAUUGCCGACAUGAUGGUCGGGUUAUUCGUUGUGCCUCAGGCUUUACACACCUUUUUACGCGAGUGUUGGGGAUUCGGUUCUCUCAUGUGUUUACUUACGACGUCAUGUAUUUCCGUUAUAGUGUCGACGUCUAUCCAUACACUUAUGUAUCUAGCGAUAUUUAAGUACAUAAACAUCAAACGAUGUGCGGAGACGAUAAAUUAUAAACCUAUCACUCGUUGUGUUAGAAAUCUUAUGAUAAUAUUGCCAUAUAUUUGGGGGCUGAUCCUCGCAGUUCUGGCUACAAAGUUUCUGUCGAGCGUUAAACUCAAACCAAAGACAAUCCAGUGCGGUCCGGAAUAUCCAAGCUCUGGAGAAACUCGACUGUAUAUCCUACACGUGGCCAAUCAAUUUCUGAACAUCAUACUUCCAACAGUUAUCAUAAUUUUCACCUACCUAAAAAUCUACAGUAUUAUCAAACGGGACGCCUGGUUGAGAGAUAACUCAAUGCGGACACCUGAAUCUGAAAUACUUAAAACAUUUUUCAUCGUUCUUGUGUGUUUCCUGUUGUGUUGGUCUCCAUAUUUUGUCUACACGAACUACGUCACAAUAAUUCCUAACAAACACGACAUUCCAGUCCACUUCAACCUCGUGGCAUUUUGUUUUGGCUACACCAACAGUGCGUGCAAUCCCAUCAUAUAUGCCUGGCGGUUUUCUGAGUUCCGGGUAGGUUAUCAGUACAUUCUACACCGGAACAGACGACGAAGCUCCGCAGCCCUCAGCCUGUCACAGUCAGUGAUACGACCAAGCUCAUAGAACGACGGAAUAUGUACACUGAAUUAAUACCAUAAAGGAGUAUCAAAUUAAAAUCCCCAGCUGUUGUAAUACAUAUUGCAAAAAAAAUAUCAAUGUGGUUUCAUUGUGCAUUGUUUAUAAGCUGUAAUGUAUAGUCAUAUGCUUGUUUUGAGCUGGGUGUGAACAUUUUUCCAUUCGAACACAUGUCAACUUAGAAAUAUAUUUUCUUCAUAUUUAUCUCCUUUAUGCACACCUAUAGGAUGUCUGGUGCGAAGUAAUAUUUUUAUGUUUUUGAAAUUUGGUUAGUUUUAUGCGGGUAAUUUGAAUGCCCUGUUCCUUGCCAAUACAAAUAUUUUAACAAAAACAGUUUCAUCAAUGUUAUGAUGAGGAUUAUAUAUGAUGCAAAUGUAAUUUGCGAUAUAUAUUAAUGGCCCAUCAGUUUUUCGCUUGUGAACUUUGUCAUUUCCUGAUCCAUGCUAACUAUUGUCACAUGUCAUGCAAGCAAGGAUGCAAUAAUGCAUAAAGUACUCAUACCAUCAGAGGUCUGUAUUAAUUGAAGUAUCAUAAAAAUGAUUAAUAUUCCAUAUUAAACU